UGUAUUAAAGCAAGAAAUAAAUCUCAUUUAAGCAAAAAGUGUUAGUAUGAAAAUGGCAAGAGGAAGAGACACAUUGGUACUUGGUAGAGUGAUUGGAGAUGUUUUGGAUCCAUUUACAAGAUCUAUUGACCUAAGAGUGGUUUACAACAGUAGAGAGGUUAUUAAUGGCUGUGACUUUAGGCCUUCUCAGGUUAUUCACCAGCCUAGGAUUGAGAUUGGAGGGGCGGAUGCUUGCAACUUUUACACUCUGGUUAUGGUGGAUCCUGAUGCUCCGACCCCAACCAACCCAAACAUGAGAGAGUAUUUGCACUGGUUGGUCACUGAUAUCCCAGCAACUACAGGAGUAAACUUCGGCAAUGAAGUGGUAUCCUAUGAGAGCCCAAGGCCUACAAUAGGAAUACAUCGGUUUGUUUUCGUGCUAUUUCUGCAAUUACGUCGAGAAAAUAAUGUCUAUGCUCCUCAAAGUCGUCAGAAUUUCAACACAAGAGAUUUUGCACAGCUUCAUAAUCUUGGCUUACCUACUGCUGCUGUUUACUUUAAUGGCCAAAGGGAAAAUGGCACUGGUGGCCGUCGACUAUAAUAUGCAUCUGUUUAAUAUAUAUGUAUAAAUAAUUUAUCUAAAACCCGGCAAAUUGUCCUUUCUAGGAUCAGAAACUCAUGAACUCAAAAUCCUAGCUCUCCCUUUUGGCAAUGUAUGACAUUAUAUCCAAGAAAUAAAAUAAGUUAAUAUA